GAGGAGGAGAGGAGGAGGAGAGGCUCCGUUUGUAAAGUCAAAGAAAAGCUGAGAGUGGCAGAAGAAAGUUGACGCGGCGCAAACACGACGAUUAAGGAAACACCUUCUCCUCAUCGUCUGAGAGGUGGGGGUGGGAGGAGGAGGACAGUCUGAUCCGAGGAACAGCUGAGAGGAGAGAGUCCGAGCAGCGGAGCGGGAUGCGAGAGAAGAUGCUGUGCAGGGGAAAAAACGGGAGUCUUUAACAAAACACGCACGUUGCUGCUGCUGCUGCUGCUGCUGCUGCUGCUGCUGCGGGGCUGUACAGGUGUAGUAGGAGCAUCUGCAGGAAUCAGCUGCUGGGAUACCGACAAGUUUGACUCAACUCAGCGCACACGUCCCACUCCCACACAAAACCCGUGCAAGGUACUCAGUUGACACAAAUAUAUAUAUAUAUAUAUAUACACACACACACACAGCCACGCUAAGAGCAAAGCACAACAACGCAGAAUCCGAAUCAGCUUUGCGUCCCUGCGUCCUGUGGAUGGUUUAAACUGGGACGCUGGAUUUGUUUGGCUCAUCCCGAGGACAGCGCAGGACGCAGGAGGACGGAGGACGGAGGAGGAGCAGGGUUUUCCAACGAAAAGACUGAGACCUGGCUGAUGAGAUUCCUCGUCCACCCCGAAUGAACCCCUCCUAAGAUGGACGGGGCGCAUUAAAAACUACACGUCCCGAUGGGAGAACCGGUGCAGCGCGCAAAGAAACCCCGCAGCCGUACGUCAACAGAGGACUUUGAUUUCUUCAUUAUCGCGUCCCGCAGCAACAACAACAACAACAACAACAACGACGACGACGGAGGAACAGGCAUGUUGGCAGGCCGGCUGACCCGCGGACAUGCGCCAUAGGAUUCUAUUUCUGGAGCCUCAUUGCUUUUACAGAUUAACUGCCCUCAAAUAUGGCCCCAAUCCAUUCAUUGCGCCACUAGUUUGACUGUUGCCUGAGGUUGUGUAUUUUCAAGCUUCAAAAUACCCCCCCACCGUGCGUCAGUCCAGUCAUCUGAGGAGAACCCUGCCUUUGGCCUCCAGAUUCCUGCGAAGGAACAAACACUUUUUAUGACAGCCCGGGAGGCGUUUUUUUUUUGUAUUCCUUGUUUACCGUCGAAUCAUAACUCGCUGCCCAUCUUCAUCUGAAACAGCUGAGGGGAAAGACUGACACCUAAAGCUUUCCCAAGCAAAUCCCCCUUUGCUCAGAUUAAGACUUUCUCUGACGUGUUUUCGUUUGCCCGUCUGCAGCUAAUCACGGACCAUUAUUAUCAGAAGAACUUCCGCAGAGAAUGAAAGCAGAAGCCAACGUGGAUUAAAAGCCCCGAACGAUCAAAAAAAACGUGAAAGAGUCCCACAUCUCGCAGUUUACAGGCCGCUGCUGGAUAUUAUACUCAUCGCCAUAAAUCUGACAUGUAUAGUUGACCUGUAGACAAAGCUCUAUAAUAAGAGGAAAAUUAAAGAAUAAGAUUAAAGAUGGAUUAUCACCGAAACACUAAAGCCAGCGGAACAGCUGCUUUUGUAUAAACCCAUUGGACGCUCUUUAGAGAGGCGCUCUGCCGACAGAUUUGAAGAUUAAAUUUGGCCGGUUGAUGUGGUGGCCUCUUGUGUGCUUGGUAUUAAAAGCGAGGGAUGGAGAAUCCGGAUGAGCUGGAGCACCCUCUUCUGGGAGAAAGCCUCAAUAGCAGCCGGGCGGCGGGGCCGGGGCCGGGGCCGGGGCCGGGGCAGGGACCCGGGACUGGACAGGCCCCGGGCGGCCUCUUCAAGAGCAUCCUGGUAAAGUGCGAGGAGGACAGAGCGUACCCUCCGAUAGCGUGGAGGGGCUAUUGUGGACAUCCGCCGGAGUUUCAGCAGCAGCAGCUGCUCGACCCUUGCUCCUUACCUCACACGCUGGAGUCCUUUUAUCCGGCGGCGCCGAUCUGGGGCCACACAGACUCUCUGCUCAGCAAAGACUAUCUAGAGACCACCUUCGUGGACAUUCGGCCCGGCUCGACGCUGGAAAGGAAGCUGCUGGCUGAGACUCAGGACUUCCACGACGUCUCCUACAGCAUGGAUGAUGAAGACGACCUGCUUCCUGAUUCUGACGACUCGUCCAUUGAGGACUUUAGCGAUACAGACAGUGAGAGCAACUUCCCUCUGAUGAUCCCUCAGGACUACCUGGGUCUGGCCUUUUUCUCCAUGCUCUGCUGCUUCUGGCCCCUGGGCAUCGCUGCCUUCUACCUUUCACAGAAGACCAACAAGGCUUCGGCUCAGGGGGAUUUUCAAGGUGCCAACGCGGCGUCUCGCCAGGCUCUGUGGCUCUCAGUGCUCUCCAUUGUGUUCGGCAUCAUAACCUACAUCUGCGCCAUCGCUGCGUUGAUCUCCUACCUGUCCGGGAAGCCGCCGUAAUGCGGAGGGGGGGGGGGGGAGCUGUCGCGCGAAAGGAUGCACGUGCAAUACAAAAACAAAAAAAAGAAGACGGACACUCCCGCACAUUUCACGAGCAUCGCAAAACACGCGCCUAACGCAUCACCUGUAAAUGUGAAAUAGUCACGGUGUUUGUUUGUGUUCCGGCGUCACGUUUCAUUCCACACACCGAGCUGGCGAAGGCGGAGGACUUGAGCUGUGAAAACAGAAGGAGGAGAAUCAUUUUAAUUGGACACUUCAGCUCAUUAAACAUUUCUCACGCACAGAUAACAAAAAACAAAACAAAAAAGAAAAAAAAAAGAUACUGUUCAUGUACAACAUUUAAGUCUGUAAGUGUCAUAUGUCAUCUGAGGACUUCCUUUAAAUAAUAAGUUACUGAAGUUAAAAGAAAAAAAAGAAGAAGAAAAGCAGAUGUUCCCACGCCACUAAAUGUCACCGUUCCUGACUGUGGAUGAAUAAUGAGAAUCAAAAGAGAGAAGAGAAGCAGCGCUGUCUGUCUAGGGUGGAGGGUGGUGGGGGGGGAGCUAAGUGGAGGGCGGCGUACGGAGAUGGAGUCUGCAGAUUUACGAGAAGGUCGCAGCAAGGACGGGGCGGCAGAUAAAUCUUGACGGACUUCACCGUGGGUGGGAGGGAGGGAGGGGUGGGAGGCUCGUUCUGUCACCAGAGGGUUGAACGCCCGCGGAGCUGUUUACGCUUUAAAAACACGUUUCAGGCCCGAGGAGCAAUAUUCCUCCAGACAGAACCCAGAAUUCCUCGCCGCACCUCUGGCUCUUCUGAAGUGAAGUGAAAAACACUGCACAUGUUCAUCGAUAUAACCCCUCCACCCUCCACCCACACACACAGAUUUCACACAGUCAGCAUCGCACAUUGUUUACCUGCAGAAAAAGAAAGACUGCCUCCGCUUUGUUUACGCCACGUUAAUUAAGAAUCUGUCUGUUGAAAUACACACACACAAAAAAAAUAAUAGAGUGCCAUUACAUAAGGAAAUACAUUUAAGACUGCGAAGUGGAACGCAGGCUCUAGAUAUACAAAUAAACAGCUUCUAUAUAUAUUUAAAGCGCUAAGGGAUGAUGACAUAGACAGAGGGCCGCGAGGAAAAAGUGCCAAAAAUACGGAAGAUGCUCUUAAGGGUGAUCUAGUCCAAUAAUAGAAGCUGAGCUCCCCUCAAACACGCUGCUCUCUCCUCCGCAAAGGAACAGAAAUCCUUCAGGAACCUGCUUCUCGCAGCACGACGGACUUCAAAUAAUUGUUAUUUUUAAACACAGAUGUUGCAAAGGGUUAAAAAAAAUAAAAUAAAAUAAGUCUUGUGACACGUUCAGCGCUCGGCCAUGUGAUGUCUCCGUUUGGGUCCGGAGCGCAAACCUGCGCGGCGGGUUUGUGUUUGCUUUGCACAAAACCUGCUGCCAACUUUGAUCACACCCUUCAUUUUCCAAAUUUUAUUCUCAAGAGCAAACCUUCUGGACAAUGUUGGUUUAAGCAAAACUGUGCAACAGUUAAAUUAAGGACGGGGUGUUUUUACAUUUAGACGAGGUCUCAGUGAAAUGAAAUGCUUUUGUUUUCUGUAAAUCCCAGUUUGGCAUCAACACCAAGCUGAUCGUAGGAUUAAGGUCACUAUACUGUGUGUGGUGUAUGUAGACACACCUCCGGUACCUCAGUGUCUGACCCCCGUCAGCUAUUAUCACUGGUAACGUGCACUGGCUGUAUCCUACCGUUCUGACAAUCCUCAGUCGUCUGUCUCCACUGGACAUUAUGUGAAAUAAAUAAAUAAAAAGACCUUUUUGUUGUCACAGCUGAGUCACCACAGGGUCACCGGAUGGUUUCUACUGGAGCGUUUCACGUGAAUCGCUUUGUCCGAUCAGGAUGAGAUGGUCUUUGUCUCACAUUGUGUCACGUGUAUAAAUUCACUGUGUGGUGCGAGUGAAUUAAACGAAUGAGAUUUAUUAACGAAAAAACGAAAAUUUCCAAAUCACAUCCCUGUAUCAAAUGUAAAUAUUUAAGUGAGAGAAAAUCAGUGAAUACCAAUAAAUGCACUUCUUCUUUGACAUCCA